CCUCAUUCUCAGUAGCUCACUGUUAGCCGGAGAGCUAACAGAGUUGAUGACGAAGUAAAAAUGGCGGAUCUUUCGAAAUCCAACCCCGGCCUGAAAUAGUAACGCAGCCAGCAAAUAGCUUGUCGCUUUUUCCUCAGUCUUUGCCUCAACUGGGACCACUUCUGUGGAUGUUUUUAUUAUUAUUAUUUUUUUAUACAAAUGAGUGCAGCUCAGCACAGUUUCAUGUGGGUGCGUGAAAACAAUCAGAGCAGUUAGAGAGAGGUGUGUGUGUGUGGUAUGGGGGCGGGCAGGGUUCAUAUGUGCGUUUCGGUGGAUUAAUGUUGAGUAGAGUGCAGCAGGACAAAGAUACGCCUGAGAUGAUCAGUGCGGCCUAGCUAACCCAGCAUCAGCUGUCACCCUGUGUCAAAAUUAGUAGGGAGCUCAAGCGUGACUCAUGCACACCCCUCAAUUAGUUUAAUCUCGUCGUGAUUACUGAUAAAGAAUUUACAGAGAGCUGAGACUUUGCAAGCAUGGAUGUGGUGUCACCAGAGGUCAACAGCCUCCUUCCUGAUGAGAUCAUGGAUACUGAGGCCAUAGAGGACAUCCCUCACUCCCAGCCCGACGGCACCACGGUCCAGUCAGAGCCCAGUGGUGACACAUCGGUCCCAAUGGAAACGGAUACACCCAUGGCUUCAGAAACUUUGAGCCUCUGUUCAGAUGCCACUUCAACAGAACAUACUCAGGCUCUGACCACCUCCACCGCUACAGACUCCACGUUCAGCAUCAGCUCCGGAAGUCAGCUUCCUAUCUCGAUUUCCAGUACAUCGACACCCCUUCUUACCCUCAAACCAUCCAUGGCUACUUCCACAGCCACUACCAAAACUACAGAUAGUUUGACUGGGACUAGUGUCUCUACAAGUGGGUUACAGAAGCUCACGGCUCCGUUUACCAUCUCUGCCGCAAACCAUCAGAUCAUUCUCAACAAGGUGGCCUCAUCUCAAGCCACAGAAGCAGCAAAGUCUGCAGGUACUCAACCCCAGGUCAUCAAGCAGGAAGGACAAAAGCUGUUGGUUACAGCAAUAGGAAAGUCUGGGCAACCUAUAGUGCUGCAGUUACCCCACACAGGCAGCAAGCCUGGUGUUUCACAGACUUCAGGAGAUACCAAAUCUCAAGCUCCACAGUUUAAAGUGGUGACUAUUGGUGGAAGGUCGGAGCUGAAGCCAGUGAUGGGGAGUGCUGGCAACCAGUUGACCACAUUACAGGCCCCGCAGCUGAAGACUGUACAGAUUGCUAAGAAAACACAAACAUCCUCAGCUGCACCAAUCAAGUUCAUCAUCACAAAAACCGUUAACAGCAAAGGUCUGAGUCCUCAGUCAUCAGUAUCUCCUGUUAUUGCAGGACGGGUCCUGACACAGAAUUCCCCAGUGAUGCCCCCGAGGACCAUUACUCUCUCUGAGCCCCACAACACUAGUAUACAAAGUAUCUCCGGCAAAAAGAUUGCUAUUUCACCGCUUAAGACUCCCAGCAAGGUGACUGUGGUAUCUGUGGCUUCCCCGACCUCCAAUGCCUCUCAGAAGUCAGUGGCGCUGCCUGUCAAUGUAGCACUUGGCCAGCAGAUCCUCACAGUCCAACAGUCCACAUCUGCAUCUCCAGUCAAGGUGGCCACCAACCAAACCACAACACAGAAUAUUAAACCAGUGCAGGCUGUGGGAGGAGUCGGUGGCUCCCAGUUCAAGACCAUCAUCCCACUGGCCACCCAGCCGAAUGUGCAGCAGAUUCAGGUGCCAGGUAGCAGGUUCCACUACGUCCGCCUCGUCACAGCAACGACAGCUAGCAGCACGGGACAGCCCAGUGGUCCCAGUACCAGCUCUAUACAGACAGCUAAACCUAUGGUGGUCAGUACAGGAGCAGUCAGGAUGUCUGUCCCGAUCGUCCCAGCACAGACCAUCAAACAGGUGGCACCUAAGCCCUUGACGUCAGCAGCAGUAGUAACCUCCACUCAGACCCAGCAACGCCUGAUCAUGCCUGCAACUCCACUACCCCAGAUCCAGCCCAACUUCACCAACCUCCCUCCAGGCACCGUUCUGGCACCAGCUCCGGGAGGAGGGAAUGUGGGCUAUGCAGUCGUUCCAGCACAAUACGUCACACAGCUCCAGCAGUCACCAUUUGUGACCCUCGCCAGCAGCUCUGGUUUCCCUGCAUCCACUGCGAUCCAAACUCAGGCCAGAUUGCCAAUCAAUGGCUUGCCAACAGCAGAAACGACGUCAAGACCGAGGAAACCGUGCAACUGCACCAAGUCACAGUGUCUCAAACUAUACUGUGACUGCUUUGCAAAUGGAGAGUUCUGCAAUAAUUGUAACUGCAAUAACUGCUUCAACAACCUGGAACAUGAAACGGAACGUCUCAAAGCUAUAAAGACGUGUCUGGACCGGAACCCAGAGGCCUUCAAACCUAAAAUUGGUAAAGGCAAAGAGGGAGAGUCGGACCGUCGACACAGCAAAGGCUGCAACUGCAAGCGAUCGGGCUGCCUGAAGAACUACUGCGAGUGCUACGAGGCGAAGAUCAUGUGCUCGUCCAUUUGUAAGUGCAUCGGCUGCAAGAACUUUGAGGAGAGCCCAGAGAGGAAGACACUAAUGCACUUGGCUGAUGCAGCAGAAGUGAGAGUACAACAGCAGACUGCAGCUAAGACCAAGCUGUCUUCACAGAUCUCAGACCUGCUCAUGCGGACAACACCUGUUAUUUCAAGUGGAAGUGGGAGGCUGCCAUAUACGUUUGUAACGAAGGAGGUGCUUGAAGCGACGUGUGAGUGUCUGCUGGAACAGGCCAAAAAGGCGGAACAGACUCAUCAACCUCAGGCCGAAGCAGAGAGGAUGAUCCUGGAGGAGUUCGGACACUGCCUCAUGAGGAUAAUCAACUCCGCGGGGAAAGCCAAAGCAGACUGUGCCUCCAUCAACUUCUAGGCCAAGCACUCUGGCUCUCCCCACCCUCUAACCCGCCCCAGCCAUGGGGGCCGAGAGGCAUGGAUUACUCUGCGCUCUGUCUCGGACCCCUGGGGGUUUCGCUCCUGCGGGGAAACAGGUUGUCUCGCUCAUCGAAAGGCAGAACAAUGGCCUGAAAGUAGAUUCCCCUGCCUUGGGCAAGCUAAGUCCAGCUGGAAUAAUAAACAUGGAACAGACGUUUGCACUGUUCGCCUACUCGAACGGAAGGACAAACGAACAAACUGCCUCUAAUGGACCUUCAAAACUGUUCUCACACUUGUUCGCCUGGCUGUGAUGGACAGAAGUGACUCUGAGCAAGGUGGUGCUGAACAGGAAUUAAAUUGAUUCUUCACUUUAUUUUCCCUACAAGACCCUCACAUCUGUUUUCUCCAAACUUUUGUUCUUCUAUUUUAUUCUAUUUUCCUUUUUUGUCUUCUGAAAAAGAAAUGCUUGUAAUUUUUACGUAAUCAUUUGUGCUUACAGUAGACAAACAUGUAUCUUUUGAUAUUUAUUUUGACAAGUAUUUGUAAUCAUUGUGAGCGCUAAUCUUGUGUGGCUUAUAGUGCUGCAAAUUAUUAAUUAAUAACCAAGGCUAGGCUAAAUUGUUUAAAUGAAAAUGAGUAGAGGCAAUCUUAGGUUUUACCCUAAAGGGAGUUGUAAGAUGAAUGUGCACACACAAUAAAUUAUGCACACGCAUACAGCAAUGCUCAGAAUAGUUGGAACAUGGCUAGAUUGGCGGAGGUACACGUUUCUUCUGGUGCUGCUUUCUGUCUUGUUAGUCACAUGCUUACUGUACAUUAAAAACACCAUGAAUGGAGGCGGGGGGGAAUUAAAACCUAUGACUUGUUAAAUGAUGUUCCUAACUAGAGGCGAGCAGGUUCAAGGAACACAUGAACAAAGAGCAAAUUACAGUUACCUGAUCCGUCCGAGGCUGGUCCGAGGGGCACAAACGAAGAGCAAAUAAGGGAGCUAACAUCCAUUUUGCGUUUCACAGCAAGUAAAGCACAGGUGUAAUUAAAGACAUUAAAAAUGGCUGCAUUUCAUUUACUUUUGCAUGUUCCAAGGUCCUGAUAUUGUGUUUGCUGGCUCACUGGUAUAACUAAGACGUCAGUAUACUCAGAAGUGCUUUGUGGACAAUCGAAUAGCUUCCCUCACACCUUUCCGACAUCGGAUUAAGGUGCCGACAAUUUCUGUAACUUUCCAAAGCUCACAAUCUGACGUUCACCCUGUGAUUGGCCAGCUGUGUGGACGUGAGGAAAGGAGCCACAGUUUGAACUAAUUACACAACUAUUUCUGUCACUCUUCAUGUGAACAACCAAGUGCGACACUAUGAAUGUCUUCCAGGGGAGUCUGAAAAUAUGCGCCGUUAUUCCCGCAUUUAAACAAUAUCACGUCUCCUGUUUUAUACAGUCUAUGGUCUCCCCCCUUGUAAGACAGCUGGCUUUUCAGUCUGCCUUCCUCUGUGGCCUUUCAGACAACUAUAAAGACUUUUGCUCUCCAACAAAUCAUACGAACUAGCUCUUUUCUAGUAUAACGUGGCCCUUACUGGGGAAACUAAAAGGCCUUGAAAACCUAUUUUCUCAAUUGGCUUCUUACUGUGAGUAAUGGGGUCCCACAUGAACACAAAAAGUUUUGUCACUAAAGUUACAGCAGUUUUGGUUGUUUCACAUGAGAGAUUUAUGUAUUUGUGGGGGAGUUUUGUCAGUGCUCUUCUCACAGGUUUGAAGUGGGUGAGGCUCAGUUGGAAAAAGGUAAAAUCACAUAUUUCCAUGCACCAAAUCAGAGUUUAGCACAUUUCAGGUUUUUUUGCACCCACACAGUCCUGAUGAAGCGGGUUAGCUUUUGACUUUUUUAUUAUUUAUUAAGAGUUUGUUUCUUAUUUAGUUAUGAAUAUUUAAUGUGAAUACUUAAAGUCCCUGAAAACUUGGCUUCUUCAGUCUUUGUAACAUUAAAUAUUCAUGACAACAAAGUUAAACUUUUUUUUUUAAGUACUUCAAUAAUCAAUCAUUUUUAGUCAUUUUUCAAGCACAAAUUCCAGCUGUUUAAAGCUGAAAUAAUAAAUUAAGGAACUGAAUAUUUUGGGGUUUGGGACUGCUGAUAAAACAUUUGAAUCAUCAUCUUGGGAUUUUUUAUUCAUAUCAUUUACACUCGAAACCUCAACUAAUCUGCUUCAGGUGGUUUGUCAAUCAAAUGUGGUUUCAUCACAUUUCAUUGACACUGGCCAAAUAAGGCUCAAAUUAAUAUGUUGCUGAAUCCUGAUUGGUGCACUGUAUGUGUCAAAAAGUACAUGACAUCACCUUUUUCCAACCGAGUCAAACCAGUGAGAAGAGCUGAGACAGAACAUAGAUAUCUAUGUUCGUGUAAGACCCCUUUGCUCAUAGUAAGAAGCUGAUUGGGAAAAUAAAUGUACAGGGCCUUUUAAGGUUUAUAACCAAGUUUUCAGGGGCUUUAAAUACAACAGAGCCAUCGUUAAUGUUAUUAGUUUCAUCUGUGCUUUUCCUUCUGUGACAAGUCCGAAUAUCUGCUGAUUAAAAAUGUCUUCACAGUUGACAAAUAUUCUAAACUUCUACUUAAAACUUCCCAAACUUUGACAGUGACUGAAUUUCAUCUUCCAGAUGUCUUUGUAGGUUGGAUGCUGUGAGUUUUGUUUAGUCCACCUGAUCUGCUGAUGUUCUUCAUCCAUACUACAUACUAAUUCCAUACAGUGUGUACUACAUACUAAUUGACAUUGUAUACUGUUUUAGCAGUUACUAUACAAAAAGAUCAACAUAUUUCACCAUUUUAUACUAACAGGAAGUCACAGCUAGACAUCAAAAUGUUUUUCCUAAGAUAUAAUACUUAUUUACACAACUCACAAUUUGUUUUAGUUGUUUACAGCUGUGAGCAGCUCCUCCUUUUCCUUUGUGCAUUUUAUUGUAGGAUAGUAUCCACCAACAGCUCACUCAAAAAUCGAGUGUAUUUAGUCUGAAUACUGUCUGCUUUGAGUAAACUUAAUUUUGUCACACUACAAACUACAAACCUGCUUAGAAUCAGUAUGGAUUUGGGACGAGGUGAAAGUAUCUUGUGUCCAUGCAUGUGGGUGAGGCGAUAAAAAGUCCUUCUGAAAGUUUAACCCUAUUCUAUUCAUCAACAGUUGGUGGCGAUAACGUGCCAAGAAAUUUAGCAAUGCGCCACCAAAGGCAGUGAAGAAGCCUGUUAGGAAGUAAAUAUGGAUGUAAACAAUGUAGGUUUCAAAUUCUUCCAAAAAUCGUCUCUGCAAAUGUUUAAUGAGGGAGCAACUGCAUUCAACACGUUUAGUAGGUCUCAAGGAUACAAAUAAUGUGUUUUGCUCAGAAAUGUUGAAUGUAAAGUGGCCACUUUAUUAGGUACACCUGUACAAUCUAAUGCAAUCCAAUACUGUUCUGGCAUAAAGUCUUCUUUUAUGAUGCCUAUAAUGUUCAGUUUUUAUUAACACUGUUAUAGAAGUUAAUUAUAAAUUCUAUGUAUUAGCAUUGACGUUAUAGUUAGUGUUUGUGUUGUAAUGGACUGCAUUAUAUUCAGAGGGUUUUAACUCGACUCGACAAUAAACAUUUAAUUGAAUUUACGCCUUUUUGACAAUGUUACCAAAAACUGAACAUUAGACUUUGUAAAGGUAGAAUUUAUGGCAGAGCUUUUGCAUUGAAUUGCAAUAGAUUGUACAGGUGUACCUAAUAAAGUGGCCACUGAGUGUAACUGUGUUUACUCCACAGGGUACCUUUUUAAUGUAGGACUGGAGCACAGCACACAGCAGCAUGCGUGUGGGAUUUUAGAUCUAAAUAGAGACCACUUGUUCAUUGUUUGUUCGUUUUUGUGCACAUUAUCACUCCCUAUAUGACUCACCGCUUUGAGUAUCACUGAAAUUAAUUAACUCACUUUUUGCUCACUUGCUUGCUUAUGAACCAGUGUAACUGAAAUUAUUCACAUCCAAAAGAAGUAUGCAAAACGUCACUAGAACAAAGCUCUCUGAGGAGAACAUAUGAUUUUUUUUAAUGAUCUACGAAUGCUACAUGAAGGUUGGACAAACAUUUUUGAAUCCUAACUGAAUUUUACAGUUGGAAUAUGCAAAAUAAUUCAAAAAAGGCACAAUCACCCCAUUAAGACCCCUUUUUUGUAAUAAUGUUCACCAAUGAAGUUCACGUCUUUCACACAAAUGAAUUCAUUUUGAGUGCCCUUAAUAGUACUUCAAAAGAUAUAAACCAGCCAUGCCACCUCUUCAGCAAGACAUUUAAAAACCAGAUGAGUGUCCGCUGUGGAGUUAGCUGCUGUUGGCUGCUUUUCUUCAUUGUGGCUGUAGCUGAAUGAAACGUUUCACCUGCCCUUCCAACCUGACUUUUAAAUAGUAAUUAAACGACAUAAUGUUUUUUUAAAGCUGAAAAUGUGUCUGUAUGCCUUAAAUGUAAUGAAACGUUAUUUAUUAUUUCACCAUUUAUUUAGCCAAAUGGCAAAUGUACUGCCACAAAAGAGUUGAGGUAGCUCUAAUCAAUAUCUUUUGUAAUGUAUCAAAUGACACUGUGCAAACAAUGUGAAAAAGAUCUGCUGCAGGGUUAAUAUAGUCAGCUGGGCCGAAGGUUUUGCAUCAAAUGAGAUUUGCUGUAAUUCCCUGAUUCAAAACUAGUUUGUGGAAUAUACUGAAGUUAAGAAGGUUGUUCAAAAUAUUCUAACUGGCAUUAUAAGGUGUAUUUUUAACAAGACAGAGAGUCUACAGCCAUGCUAGCAGCUCUGUGAGGCUGUACUUUGAGCUAAAUGCUAACAUGCUGAUGCGUAGCAGAUAUAAUGUUUAGUUCGGCGUGUUAGCAUGCUAUCAUUUAAUGCUAAUCAGCUGUAAACACAAAGUGCAGCUGAGGCUUAUGGGAGUGUCAUUAGUUUUGCAGGUAUUUGGUCAUACACCGAAGUGUUGGAAAAAGAACAUUUCGACCUCACGAUGGCGCUAGAUGAAAAGUCAAAGGAUCACUAAAGCCAUACGGAUUCAUCCUCUGGGGACCAUGAUUGUUUGUACGAAAUUUCAUGGCAAUCCAUUCAAUAGUUGUUGAGAUAUUAGACCAACACUGCCAUCCUUAGAGCCACGCUGCUCGCAGCACUUCCUGUCUCUAAGAGUCAACUAAAUCCUGGUCUCAGCUGCACCUUACUGAUUCACAGAGGCAACCACAUCACCCUCAAAAGAGCUCUCAUACAACUCAUCACACACAGCUCCACGGUAGCAUUGCACAAAGUUCAAGUGCCAUUAUGGCAAAAUGUCUGUUUUCUGAAGCAUUUUUGAUCACAUUUACUCGUGUGAGCUUUUGUAAAAUUGACAAACAUUUAUCUUAACUUAAACUUCUAUCUAAACUUCUAAAAACUUUCUAAACAAAUAAAUCAUACUCUCCAGCUCUGUGCAAAUGUUUACACCAUGUACUUGUACAAUAUUCUGUUAUACUGAGCUCAGGAAACCACCUACUGAAAAUGUUGACCCUUUGUUUUUCUCACUUUUGCUCCUCCACUGCAUCUUGAAUGCAUGGCCUAGUUCCACUUCCCCUUAAUGAAGAAAACGUAUUUGCUUACUGCCAUUCUAGCAGUCAUCUCAUGCUUUAUGAUGUCUCAGUUUUGUUUUGUGAUAUUGUUUGUGAUUUCAAACCAUACCAUCUGUUGUCAGUAGACUUAUGAGGUCAAGAAAUGUGGUAUUAUGAUAACUCUAGUUCAGUUCAGUCUAGUUCAAAACAAAGGAUCAUACUUUGUUAUAUCUCAAAUAACAAACUGCAAUUGUGAUUGAAAUUGGGAAUGCAAUUCAAAUAUGAAAAUGUAUAUGUUAGUCUACAGUAGUUUGUCCGUUAUUCAGAAAGUGGAAGGCUUCAUUGAAUGUAUAUAAUUCUGUGAGAAAGGCUAUGCGCAUGCACAGUCUUCUUCACAAAUUAGAGAAGCCAAGACUGAGCCAAAACUGAAUAAAGCAGAAGAAGAAGAAGACAAGAUGGAGAUAGUCACCCACCAAAAGGGUUGCAGGCCAGCUGGGAAAGAGAGAGAGCACAAAAAUGAAGUUUUGACUGGACAGGAGAUGCAGCAGCAAGAGACUUGGGAAUACAUGAAAAAGAGUUUUGUCCAACUGUAAUAUGGUCUGUAAUCCCUGUGUGGAUACAAGAAAAUGUGAUAGAAAUGAGACUACUUCAAAUCAAGGCAAGAAAUAAAAGUGCAGAUCUGGUGAGUGAGUUUUAUGAGCA